UAACACGUUGGUGGGGGCAGCCCCCGGCACUUGCACUGUAAAUGACGGAGCACUAGACCGAAAUCAAGUCACAGUAGUCUUCUGCAUUUGUUUCAAUCAAGAUGAGGGAAAUCGUGCAUCUUCAAGCCGGCCAAUGCGGGAACCAAGUCGGGGCUAAGUUUUGGGAAGUGAUUUCUGAAGAGCACGGCAUUGACCCCAGCGGAAUCUAUUUAGGCGAGAGCGACUUGCAAUUAGAACGAAUCAACGUCUACUACAACGAAGCCACAGUUGCUUCGCGCAGCAAUGGUGGCAAGUACGUCCCCCGUGCCAUCCUCCUGGACCUGGAGCCCGGUACCAUGGACGCCGUCCGCUCUGGCAUCUACGGCCGCCUUUUCCGUCCCGACAAUUUCGUCUUUGGCCAAUCCGGAGCCGGAAACAACUGGGCCAAAGGCCACUACACCGAAGGUGCCGAACUAGUGGACGCCGUCCUAGACGUGGUGCGCAAAGAAGCCGAAAACUGCGACUGCCUCCAAGGCUUCCAGCUAACACACUCACUUGGAGGCGGCACCGGCUCCGGCAUGGGCACUUUACUCAUCUCCAAAAUCAGGGAGGAGUACCCCGAUAGGAUCAUGAACACGUAUUCGGUGAUGCCUUCACCGAAAGUUUCCGACACGGUCGUGGAACCGUACAAUGCCACCUUAUCAGUGCACCAACUGGUCGAAAACACUGAUGAGACGUAUUGUAUCGAUAACGAGGCGCUUUAUGACAUCUGUUUCCGCACUUUGAAAGUCCCGAACCCGAGCUACGGCGACUUGAACCAUUUGGUGUCGUUGACAAUGUCGGGAGUCACGACUUGUCUGCGAUUCCCCGGUCAAUUGAACGCAGAUCUGCGCAAAUUGGCGGUCAAUAUGGUGCCAUUCCCGCGUUUGCACUUCUUCAUGCCUGGUUUUGCGCCCUUAACUUCCAGGGGAAGUCAGCAAUACCGUGCGUUGACUGUUCCCGAGCUCACGCAGCAAAUGUUCGAUGCCAAGAACAUGAUGGCGGCGUGUGACCCCAGACAUGGGAGGUACUUGACAGUGGCUGCUGUUUUUAGAGGAAGAAUGUCGAUGAAAGAAGUCGACGAACAAAUGCUCGCCGUUCAGAAUAAAAAUAGCAGUUAUUUCGUCGAGUGGAUUCCGAAUAAUGUGAAAACGGCCGUUUGUGACAUUCCACCAGUUGGGCUAAAAAUGUCAUCGACGUUCAUCGGGAACACGACAGCGAUCCAGGAGCUGUUCAAGCGGAUUUCCGAACAAUUCGCUGCUAUGUUUAGACGCAAAGCGUUCUUGCAUUGGUACACGGGGGAAGGAAUGGACGAGAUGGAAUUCACUGAGGCUGAAUCAAACAUGAACGACUUGGUCUCGGAGUACCAACAGUACCAAGAGGCAACUGCUGAUGAGGAGUACGAGGCCGAGGAAGAGGCCGCUGCUGAUGAUUUCAAUUGUUAAAAAAUAACCCCCAAUUGAUAUUUAUUGUAGUACUAAGACUGAAUUUUCUACCCAAAUAAAACAAUUCAAAUCUAA